AUGUCAUAUUUUUUCAAUCCUUCAGGAGGACAAGAGGUAUCAGAAGAGAGACUUAAAGUAGCAGAAGUUCAAUUUGAUGCUAUGAAUCAAACGUUCAACAAUAUACUGAAGGGCUGUUUAGAGAAGUGUAUACCGCAUGAAGGGUAUGGAGAGACGGAAUUGAACAAGGGAGAGAUGGAGUGUAUUGACCGAUGUGUGGCCAAGUUGCAUUACAGCAAUAGGUUGAUUGGAGCGUAUGCACAGACACAGGGAUUUGGACCAGAAAAGUACCUUCCCCAUUACGACAAGAUGCUCUCGAAGACAGACGACCAGUGA